CGUGACGUGGGUGGGAUCAACUUCUACAGGUGAUCACGGAGAAAGCGACUGAAAACGUGAAUUCAACUGUGUGCAGAGAUGUCGCACAGAAUUAUUAAUAUGACAGUGAGGGAUGUGAGAUUCCCGACGUCUUUGGAGCAGCACGGCUCGGAUGCGAUGGUAAGCUUGUACAGAUUCACGCGCCGCAUUAAUAAACGAACCCGUUUGAGGCCUCUCCUCUUUCUGUCCACGCUGCAGCACACUGACCCGGAUUAUUCAGUCGCAUAUGUGGUUCUGGAUACGGAAAGCGGGCUGAAAGGUUUCGGCUUUACUUUCACUUUAGGGAAAGGCACUGAAAUUGUGGUGUCUGCUGUCCAGGCCCUUGCAGGACUGGUUGUCGGGAAGUCUUUGGAAGAAAUUGUUAGUAACUUCCGUGAAUUUUACCGCCUGCUGACCAGCGAUGGCCAGAUGAGAUGGUUGGGCCCAGAGAAAGGAGUGAUCCAGCUGGCUACUGCUGCCGUCCUGAAUGCUGUGUGGGAUCUAUGGGCUCGAGCUGAGGACAAGCCGCUGUGGAAGCUGCUUGUCGACAUGGAUCCUAAGAAGAUUGUCUCAUGCAUUGACUUCAGAUAUAUCACCGAUGUGCUCACAGAGGAGGAAGCUCUGGACAUACUUGUGAAAGCUCAGGAGGGCAAGCAGCAGAGAGAGAAUCAGAUGCUGAACGAGGGUUAUCCCGCCUACACUACCUCUUGUGCUUGGCUCGGAUACACAGACCAGCAGCUCAAACAGCUUUGUACAGAUGCACUUAAGAGUGGUUGGACUAAGUUUAAGGUGAAGGUCGGCGCAGAUCUGCAGGAUGACAUGCGCAGAUGUCGUCUCAUCAGGCAAAUGAUUGGACCCAAUAGCACUUUGAUGAUUGAUGCCAACCAGAGAUGGGAUGUAGACGAGGCCAUCAGCUGGGUUUCUGCACUGGCUGAAGUAAAACCUCUUUGGAUUGAGGAGCCCACCUCUCCAGAUGACAUCCUGGGUCAUGCUGCUAUUUCUAAGGCUUUGGCUCCACUCGGGAUUGGUGUGGCAACGGGGGAGCAGUGUCACAACAGGGUGAUGUUUAAGCAGUUCCUUCAGGCGUCUGCACUCCAGUUUGUCCAAAUAGACAGCUGUCGGGUGGGAAGUGUCAACGAGAACCUGGCGGUGCUGCUCAUGGCUCACAAGUUCCGAGUGCCCGUGUGUCCUCACGCUGGAGGAGUCGGUCUGUGUGAGCUCGUCCAGCAUCUCAUUCUGUUCGACUACAUCUGUGUGUCAGCAGAUCUCAACAAUCGUAUGUGUGAAUAUGUCGACCACCUUCAUGAACACUUUAGAAGUCCUGUUGUGAUAAAGAAUGCACACUACAUGGCCCCCAAGGAUGCAGGAUAUUCUUGUGAAAUGUUCGAGUCAUCAGUGGAGACACAUCAGUACCCUGAAGGAGGCGUGUGGAAGCUCCACAUGAAGAAAUGAGGAUCUGAAAAUAUUUCACUACAAGAUCCCACUGAUCAGUUAAAAUGAUUUCACUUUAAUCUGCAGAACUGAAAUCUCAUCUAAAUUUUUCUACUCAGAUUCAAUUAUACAUGUUUUAUUUUUAUAUAUUACAUAAAUUACUAUAUUAACAUUC